AUGAGGUCACUGACAAGUUGGGAUUGCGGCCGUAGUGGUCACAAGGCAGAGAACUGUAAGGGAAGGCAGAGCGAGAAACAUCAGGCGUCGUGCUUGUACACGGUGCCAACAGAUAAUUGCGAAAACGCCGACGAUUCCUACGUCACCCUGGAUAAUGGGGACAAGAUCCCGGUAGUGAAUGCGGUCAUGGGGAGGGCCCCGAAAUUUCUGUCGGAGAACAUGCCGGUAGUGGAAGGACGACAGGGAGAACACAAGAUAACGGUGUUAAGGGACACCGGCUGCAACACCGUGGUCGUUCGCAAAGAACUAGUCCCUCAAGAGAACCUAACUGGAAAGUCGAGUCCAGUGUUUUUAUUAGAUCGAACAGUUCGGUACCUGCCGGAGGCGGUUAUUGUGAUACGAACGCCCUACUACACGGGAAAGAACAAUGAAGACAAUCUCGGCGACUGCCUAGACAAGCCGAAGGAGAGAUACGAAACGUGUUCGAACGCCAUCGGAGUCAACGUGGGCUGUCGCAGGGCAAUGGAAGCAACCAAGAGCAUCGACGAGCUCCCGGAUGAGAAACCAGCCAUAGCUGCGUCCGCGAGCGAGGGGAGAGAUGCUGGAAGACCAAUAGGAAAACUAGAACGCCCUCUGAAAGUCGCGCAGGUGUCAGUAACCGACAUAACAGCCGAGGAACUCGGAAAGCAGCAGAAAGAGGACGCUACUCUUACGAAGUAUUUCAACGAUGUAGGGAAGACAAAGAAGAAACACAAUUCCAGGACAAGGAUUCAGUUUCUGCUGAAGAACGACCUGCUAUACAGGAGCGUCGUAUACUCAUCCGGCAGAAGAUCAGAACAACUGGUUCUCCCAAAAAGGUUCAGGGCCGCUGCUGUAACUAUGGCACAUGACAGCGUUAUGUCCGGACACCAGGGGGCGAAGAACACCCUCAAUCUGGUGGCGGAAGAAUUCUUUUGGCCUUGCAUGCAAAGCGAAAUCAAAAGGUACGUUCGUUCGUGUGACGUGUGCCAACGCACCGUACCCAAAGGCAAGGUGGGCAAGGCCCCCUUAGGAAGCAUGCCAAUCAUCGAGACACCUUUUCAAAGAGUCGCGAUAGAUAUCAUCGGUCCUAUAGUGCCUAUCGCAAGCUCGGGGAAUAGGUAUAUUCUCACAAUGGUUGACAUGGCCACGAGGUAUCCUGACGCAGUAGCGUUGAAGAGCAUUGGGUCCCAGCAGGUAGCCGAGGCGUUGGUUCAGAUGUUCACGCGGUAUGGAGUACCGGCAGAGAUCCUUAGCGAUCGCGGCACCAACUUUACCUCUGAGCUAAUGAGAGAGGUGAGCCGGCUUCUAUCGAUGAAGCAACUCUUAGCCACUCCCUAUCAUCCCAUCAGCAACGGCCUGGUCGAGAGGUUUAAUGGCACCAUCAAGCAGAUGCUAAGGAGGAUGUGCAAAGAAAGACCAAAGGAUUGGGAUAGAUAUCUCCCAGCUUUGCUUUUCGCCUACAGAGAGGUGCCCCAGGCUAGCCUCAGGUUCUCGUCAUUUGAACUGCUAUAUGGGAGAAGAGUGCGAGGACCAGUGGCCAUCCUCAAGGAGUUGUGGUCGAACGAAGCCCUGAAGGAAGACAUGAAGACGGCAUAUGGAUACAUCUUGGAACUAAGGGAAAAACUAGAUGAAACAUGCAAGCUGGCGCACGUGUGCCUGCAUGAAGCAAGGGAGAAGUAUAAGAAAUACUAUGACAGGAAGAGCUGCAACCGAAAUAUGAAGCAAGGAGACCUGACACUCAUUCUUCUCCCCACCGAUCUGAACAAGAUGAUCAUGCAAUGGAAAGGUCCCUUCCCCGUAGUCGCAAGAAAGAAUGAUGUGGAUUACGAGUUAGACGUAGGAGGCAAGAAAAAGGUGUUUCACAUCAACAUGCUUAAAAGAUAUGAAGAAAGAGAAGGAAGUCAACAAGGUAGACAGCAUUGCGGUAUGGUAAUGGAUUCUCAAGAGAAAGAUGAAGUCGCAAGCGAGCUAAGUUUUGAAGAUACAGAGGGAAUUCCUACGCCAAGCUGGACGAGGCAGCAAGGAUGGGAAGACGUCAGCAUAAACGAACACUUGGAAUCCCAAAAGCGUGAUGAGGUACGAGAGCUGAUUGAGGACUUCAAAGAUAUAUUUUCGAACCUUCCAGGCAGGACGAGUCUGCUGACCUGUGAUCUUCAACUGACUACGUCCCGACCAAUACAUGUGAAGCAGUACCCACUGCCGCUGUCGGUUCAGGAAACAGUCGAGCAAGAAAUCGACGAGAUCUUAGAGCUGGACGUGAUUGAGAGAUGUAACUCAUCAUACAACGCGCCAGUGGUAAUGGAGCUACGCCUGCCACAAAAUGCGGUGGAAGAUUAA